CUCAUUUAAUUUUUCAUUUCCAAAAAAUUCAACAGUUCCUUCCCUGAAUUUGAAUGUAUUUGUUUCUCUCUGUAUAAAGCUUUGCUAAUUUGAACGUUCGCUGGUGGUGCUGGGAGUUGUAGUUCUGCCUUCACAUUGUAUUCAUGGCUCUCGCGGACGGCGCGUUGCAGCGAGCGGAGCUCGUAAUCAGGUCAGGCUAACAAUUCCCCCCUUCCUUAUAGGACCAGUAGAUGUUACAACCGGGAACCAGAAGCGGAACGGGAGGGAGGCCGGCCCUUUUUCUUUUUUUUUUCCUCCCACCCCUAUUGCUGAGUGGUACGAGCCAAAUACAAGCAAGUGAUUCUGUGGGGUCGUGAUCAUAACUGCAGUGGUGGGGAGUGAACCUCCCGUGACCCGCACUGUAUGACAAGUGAGUGUCCGAGCCGCUUUAUACUGACCGCGUUGAAUGCUGGGAGCUUACUGAUAUCAACAGCAAGUAAGGGGGCCUGAGGGUCUCAAUGCAGACAGUAGCUCUAUACCAGGGAGCCAGGCAUUCAUCAACACAGUCUGGCAACCUAUAUGUCAAACUCCCUGAUAUAUGGGAUCUUCUGGACCCCCAUGGUUAAUGCUCAUGUCCUUCUAGCAAUAUUAAACGGUGCUGUGGCUCUGUUCUGGGUGUGGGUUAUCAGUUUGGGAGAAGGGAGCACUCAGUUGCUCUGCAGCCUUGAUAAUAAGCUGUGAUGAUGGAUUUAACUCACACCAUGAGAUGGAGACAGGGGGCCAAUAUACAUUAUUAGGUUGGAGCACCUGCUAUUGAGGGCCUUUGCUGGGCAAGGAAUAUAUAGUUGCUUAAAAAAUGCAUGGGUUAGUGUUCAUUUUUUAUUUUUAGAAUUCCCUUUUUAUACAGUACCACUGAAUUUUGCAGCAGGAGAUACAGAGAAUCAUAGUGUUCACAAUGGGUUUUAAUGUGGUAUGUAAAUAAGUCUAUAUGGUACAGUUAGCGUGUAUUUGAUUGCGAGGUUGAUACGGUUAAUUUAAAUCUGUUGAUUGGCAACUUCACAUGCAGUGCAGUCUUGCAUGCUAUUUCCAUUCGAUUUAUCAAUUUUAACAAUUGUGAAAGAGCCUUUUUCCUUCCAAAAGGAAUGUCAAGCUUAACUUUGAAAAAUUAAUAGAGCAGUUAGAUUAAAAACUACCUUACGUAUAUAUUUAUAUAAGUUGGUGCUACAUAAAUGCCAAUAAUAAUGCAUCCAUAAUUAAGUUUACAUUAUUUCAGAAAUAUAUAGACAAAAAUCAUUCUAUUAAAACAUAAUUACAAUUUUAAAAGGUCAGUUUCAAAUAGUUUGUGCAUAAAUUAUCCCUAUGCUAUACUGCCUAACUUUUUAAACUCUGUUAACGAAAAACAAGUAUAUGGUAUUAAAAUUGUUUCUAUGAAUGCUUUGCAGCAAAAAAAAAAAAACAAGCAGUGGACUUCUUUUUUUUUAAAUUUUUUUAAAUUUUUUUAAAUUCUUUAUUUUUGCCAUGAUGGACAUCCACAAACAUGUACAAUUGGGUAACCCAGUACAUAAUGAGCAAAAAAGAAAUUGGCAUAAUACAAAAAGUAUACAAACAUCUCUUACAACCAUUGGUGUAUCCUGGUUUUGUGCUGCCCUAGGCAGGACAAAACUCAGAUGCCCGACCCAACCCUUCCCCCCCCCGCCUGCCUUCUAAAUAUAGGGUUCCUUCUCUUCCUGGGGGUGCAGUGGCUGCUGGGCGGUCGGGGGGCGCUGGCUGGUGAGGGAGCACUUCCUCUGAGCUGUCUGUUCAGCUCCCUCGCGCGCCGCAGAGUGAGGCUGGGAGCCGGAAUAUGACGUCAUAUUCCGGCUCCCAGCCUCACUCUGUGGAGCGCGAGGGAGCUGAGCAGAUCGCUCAGAAAAAGUGCUCCCUAGUCCGCCCGGCAUGUCUGUUAGCCGCGAGGCUAACAAGGCAUUUUCCCUGGGAGUUUUUGCCGCCCCCUGGAAAAUGCCGCCCAAGGCAAAUGCCUUGUUUGCCUCACGGCUAAAAGGCCCCUGCUUACAACACAUAUUACAUAUAGCACCCGAUAUGUAUAGUGUACGGGCUCCAGUCCGAAAGACAACUUUCUUUUCUAGUAAUAGCUUGGCUACUUAAGCCUAAAUUUUGCAAUUUGGGUUUCUGUUUGCAACAGUUGACUGUUUAGCGACAAAAAUUCUCAAUAGUUCUCAGUUCAUUAUUGGAGAGACUGCAGAGUAUUGUGAAAAAUAAGUUUGUACAACAAUUAAAAAAAAAAAAUAUAUACAGGGUGGCCCGUAAGUCCAUACCUAUCCAUAUAUAUCUUAUGUAUCCAAUGUAGCUGUGUGCUGGAAAGGUAGGGAUUUAUGGGCCACCCUGUAGAGAGAGAUACUGAAUAGACAAUUUUUAUCACUUUAUGCUUUUUAAAUUUAAUUUUCAGUGUUCUGUUUAGUUAACUUAAGGUGGGGAUUAUUGAAGGAUUCUAGUAAAUCCUUUAUAUCAAAUCAUGAAAGACUCACAAGGGUUUAUUCAUUAAAGGGACACUGCCCAACUAAAUAAAAUACAACUACUUAGUAGAUAUACACCCAAUGAAAACAUGCAUGUAAUAAAGCUCUUUUUUUUUUUUUUUUCAUUAGUGGUAUAUCAAAAAACAGCUUGCAAAAUUUGCAGAUAUCUUGUCUGAAGCCAUUACAAACUCUCCUGUUCUUUCUCAGAUCAGACUUUCUGUGUAUGUCAAAUGAGAAGCCUUUGCAAGUCAGGUGCUCUGGGCAAUUGCUGUUUAGCUCCACUGAGUUAAAUAAUGCCUGAAGUAACAGGGCGGGUUGUCUGACAGCAAAAGGGGUGAAACAAGGUUCAUUUCUUUUGAAAGCCACAGUUUUUGUAAAAUGAGGAAAAAAAGGAAAAACUCUUCACACAUAAAGCACUCUAGCAAGGUUAAGUGCUUUAGGGAUUUGAAGUGUCUUUUUAAAGGAAAAGUGUAACGUUAAAGUAGAUUAUUUUUGUAAGCUAGUUGCGUUUCUUACUAUCGCUUUAGGACUUCCUUUUAUUAAAACAUAAAACGCAAACAAGGCCAUUAAAACAUACCUGCAAUCCAGUACUGAAAUGUACUACUUCUUACAGACAAUCCACAUUUUGUCCAAUCCAGUCAUGCUAAUAGAAAAGCAUUGAGGACACACAAAUGCUUGGCAAUCACCAUGCUCUGCAAAUACAGUGGGACCUCAGCUUACAAAUGAAAAUCCAUUGAAAAUAAUGCCUCGGUUUACAAUUUUUUUUUUUGCAAUACAAAGCAAGUUUCCCCAGGAUGCAUUGCACCUGGGAGGUUUAUAGCACCGCUCCCUGCAUGCUGAAGCCUGUGGGUAGCACGUGGCGUCGAGUGUGGAGGUGUUGGAGUGGCUUUUGUAUCACGUUUUGGAGCCAUUCUGGAAACUGUUUGCAGUUGUUUUGGGACUUAAUGGUGCACUUCUCAAGCUGUGAAAAGGUAUGGAGCUGAGCUUAGUCGUUUGCAUGUCUUUUUUUGUGUGUUCUGCAUUGUGGGUUGGUUUCCAUGCCAGCUCAUUUUGACUGUUUUCUGACCUCCAGAACGGAUUAUUCGGUUUUCAAUGCAUUCCUAUGGGAAACCACGUUUCGGUUUACAAACUUUUCGCAAUUUAUCUUUUCCCGGGACAAGGUGACAUGUUGAUUGGUGGUACCUAUGUUGACAGGAGAAAGGCAAGUUUACUGCCUUGAAGUUUUUUCCUUAGCACCUCGACCACCUGAUUCAGUUUCUUCUUCAACUCAAGGCAUGUGGAGCAAAGGAUCAGAUUAUAAAAGCACUCUAUCCUUGUGAGACAGCUGAAUCGUCUUUAGAUUUUCUUGUGUAUGUGAAAUCAGAUGCAGGACUUGAAAGCCGUUCAAAGCUCAUCCUCUUGCCAGUGGCUUGUGCAUAAGACAUUAUACCCCCUACUUUGUUUUAUAGAUUUUGCAUUGGACUAUCUGUUAAUUGUCCUGCUCCAUUUUUGUCCUGCCUUGUCCAAUGUUUUACCGAAUAUUUUAUCCUAGUUUAUCUUGGGCUUUGUUUAUCCUGUGAUUCAUGCUCGCUCCACUUUUUAUAUCCAGGUGACAAAUAUUUAUGGUUUCUGCAACCAAGUGCAGCUUGUACAAGAUUUCAGAUCUUCCCUUUACUAGAGUCAGCCUAAAGGCUUCCUUGUCUGUCAUGUCUUGUAAGUCCUGUUUGGCUACUUGUUUACUUUGUUAGAUAGAUCUAUAGAAAACAUGUUUUUCUCAAUUAUCCUAUUUCUUCUUUUAUUUGCAGUCCAUGCUCAUAUAGUCAAGAAAUUGAAAGCUUGUUGAAAUGGUUGAUCCUUGCCCUUCGCAAGGAUGCCCUAAUCAAUGUUUGGCAUAAUCGUCUCCAGCUAUCUGCUUGUCACUUCUACCUUGCUUAAGCCAUGACAUUUUGUUCAAAGAGGGGUUGUUUUCAGAGCACUGGAUUGAUUUUGCAAUUGGGGACAAUCUGUUUAGUUAAAUGGAUUGUGCUGAUUUGUCUUCCAUGAAACUAAGAUAAAGUAUCUACCAAAAAAAGGAAAAAUCUAUAUUGUCUGGGAAUUGUAUGUACAAACACAUUAUGUACACAUGUAACAUGAGCUGCUGGGAAUACAAUCCUGAUAUGUUAUGUACUCUUUCCUGUAUUGUUUGGUGAGCAGCUUCUGCAUAUACAGGGAGUGCAGAAUUACUAGGCAAAUUAGUAUUUUGACCACAUCAUCCUCUUUAUGCAUGUUGUCUUACUCCAAGCUGUAUAGGCUCGAAAGCCUACUACCAAUUAAGCAUAUUAGGUGAUGUGCAUCUCUGUAAUGAGAAGGGGUGUGGUCUAAUGACAUCAACACCCUAUAUCAGGUGUGCAUAAUUAUUAGGCAACUUCCUUUCCUUUGGCAAAAUGGGUCAAAAGAAGGACUUGACAGGCUCAGAAAAGUCAAAAAUAGUGAGAUAUCUUGCAGAGGGAUGCAGCACUCUUAAAAUUGCAAAGCUUCUGAAGCGUGAUCAUCGAACAAUCAAGCGUUUCAUUCAAAAUAGUCAACAGGGUCGCAAGAAGCGUGUGGAAAAACCAAGGCGCAAAAUAACUGCCCAUGAACUGAGAAAAGUCAAGCGUGCAGCUGCCACGAUGCCACUUGCCACCAGUUUGGCCAUAUUUCAGAGCUGCAACAUCACUGGAGUGCCCAAAAGCACAAGGUGUGCAAUACUCAGAGACAUGGCCAAGGUAAGAAAGGCUGAAAGACGACCACCACUGAACAAGACACACAAGCUGAAACGUCAAGACUGGGCCAAGAAAUAUCUCAAGACUGAUUUUUCUAAGGUUUUAUGGACUGAUGAAAUGAGAGUGAGUCUUGAUGGGCCAGAUGGAUGGGCCCGUGGCUGGAUUGGUAAAGGGCAGAGAGCUCCAGUCCGACUCAGACGCCAGCAAGGUGGAGGUGGAGUACUGGUUUGGGCUGGUAUCAUCAAAGAUGAGCUUGUGGGGCCUUUUCGGGUUGAGGAUGGAGUCAAGCUCAACUCCCAGUCCUACUGCCAGUUCCUGGAAGACACCUUCUUCAAGCAGUGGUACAGGAAGAAGUCUGCAUCCUUCAAGAAAAACAUGAUUUUCAUGCAGGACAAUGCUCCAUCACACGCGUCCAAGUACUCCACAGCGUGGCUGGCAAGAAAGGGUAUAAAAGAAGAAAAUCUAAUGACAUGGCCUCCUUGUUCACCUGAUCUGAACCCCAUUGAGAACCUGUGGUCCAUCAUCAAAUGUGAGAUUUACAAGGAGGGAAAACAGUACACCUCUCUGAACAGUGUCUGGGAGGCUGUGGUUGCUGCUGCACGCAAUGUUGAUGGUGAACAGAUCAAAACACUGACAGAAUCCAUGGAUGGCAGGCUUUUGAGUGUCCUUGCAAAGAAAGGUGGCUAUAUUGGUCACUGAUUUGUUUUUGUUUUGUUUUUGAAUGUCAGAAAUGUAUAUUUGUGAAUGUUGAGAUGUUAUAUUGGUUUCACUGGUAAUAAUAAAUAAUUGAAAUGGGUAUAUAUUUGUUGUUUGUUAAGUUGCCUAAUAAUUAUGCACAGUAAUAGUCACCUGCACACACAGAUAUCCCCCUAACAUAGCUAAAACUAAAAACAAACUAAAAACUACUUCCAAAAAUAUUCAGCUUUGAUAUUAAUGAGUUUUUUUGGGUUCAUUGAGAACAUGGUUGUUGUUCAAUAAUACAAUUAAUCCUCAAAAAUACAACUUGCCUAAUAAUUCUGCACUCCCUGUAUAGGAUACUCUCUGUGUUUUGUCAAUUUUUGCCUGAUAGUUUAGUAUAUUAAUCAACAGCCCAAUUCAUACAUAAAGAGAUAUAUAUAUCUAAUACACGUUUUUGUUUUUUUUCCCAAAUGUAAAUAAAACACAAUUUUAAUCUACACCACUGAUGGCCAACAAUAUUAGAAUUGCUAGACAAAAAUUAAAGCCAGAGAAUUAAAUGUGAAAGCAUAAUAUGAAAUGAAAGAUAUAAGCAUUCACAGUGCAUUCAGAAACCAUGAUACUCCUUAAUUUUCCAUGUUUUCUUUAUUUUGCAACCUUACUGUACAUUCAUUAGAUAUUUAGACCCUUUACUCAGUACUUGGUUAAAACACCUUUAGCAGUGAUUACAACCACCAAGUCUUUUUGGAUAUGAUGGGACAAGCUUUGCGCACCUGGAUUUAGGUUGUGUCUGCUAUUAAUCACCGCAGAUCUUCUCAAGCUUUGUCAGGGAAUCGUCAUUUCAGGUCUUUCCAGAAAUCCAAUUGAUUGGGUUCAAGGUCUGAUCCUCUCAAGAACUUUCACAGAGUUGUCAAUAAUCUUGUCUUGCAUUCUUGGCUGUGUGCAUAGGGUCAUUGUCCUGUUGGAAGUUGAACCUUCUGGCCAGUCUAGGGCUCUCUGGAUUCUAUCACCACCACGCUUCACUGUUGGGAUGGUAUUGCGCAGGUGAUAAGCAGUGCAUGGUUUCCUACAGACUUGAUGCUUUGAAUUGAUGCUAAUCGGUUCAAUCAUGUUUCUCACAGUCUGACAGGCUUACUCACUAAAAUCAACUUCAACUGCCGCUUUACUGCCAGUUCAUGUGCCCUGGCCUUAAAUUUAAAAUUAACUUUCAACUCUCACUUUGGUGAACAACCAUUAUAAGGGGUUUUUUUUUUUUUUUUUUAAAUAAAUGGGACACUUUUUAGUCCAAAAAAACAACUUUUAGUUUAAUGGAGCAGUUUUGUUGUAUAGAUCAUGCACCUGUAGUCUCACUGCUCAUUUCUCUGCCAUUUAGGAGUUAAUUCACUUUGUUUAUGCAGCCCUAGUCACACCUCCCUGCAUGUGACUUCCACAGUCUUCCUAAACACUUCCUGUAAGAGUCAUCUAAUGUUUACACUUAUUGCAAAUUCUUUUAAUUUAGAAUUGGCUAUCUCCUACUCUGGCAAUUGCUAGGCCCUGCAGGAGCCUCCUGUGUGUGAUUAAAGUUCAAUUUACAGAGCAGAAGAUAAAACCUUUUAAAGGAAGCCAUUUUGUUUUCACGCAGGCUGUGUCAAUCGAAGUCAGAGAAGGUGUGGCUGGGGCUGCACAAACAGUAACAAAAGUGAUUUAACUCCUAAAUGGCAGUGUAACUUCAGAGGCAUGAUUAUUACACUCAAACUGCUUCAUUAUGCUAAGGUUGUUUUGGUAGCUAUAUUGUUCCUUUCACUGUCUGUUCAAGGCCAGAUAAUGGAGUGUUUUCAUUUUGGUUGUCCUUCUGCAAGUCUCUCAGUCUUACAAAUUUAUGUAUUUUAAAAAAUAAAAUAAAAAAACUGGCCGUGGAAUGGCCAAGAUUUUAUAAGUUAAUAAGAAUGAACGUGAAAAGCAAUAAAAUCAUCAAAAUUGCCUGGCUGUGGAGAGAAUACUGUGACGAGAUAGAAAAGCUAUGUAAUCUACCUUUUUACUUCAAAGGUGGGACAUAACCUAAACAGUGAACAGGUCACUAUACCAUUAGGAAUGAUUUUUUUUUUUUUACUCUUAACCCUAUAGUGUUCCUUUAAAGUUUAGCUAUGAUAAAAUGAAUAGAUUUCUUUUGAAAAUUGUACUGAUUGAAAAGCACUUGGCUUCCAUUAAAGGAACACUCCAUGCACCAUAAUACCAUAUCUACUGCAGUGUGUUGUAGUGGUUUUGUUGCCAGGUGUACCCAAGCAGCCCUCCUUCCCAAUGUUAAGGGUCAAAAUGUUUUAGUUUUGGUUUGACAUCUUUCUUGGGGUCUCCUGGGCUCUGCUCCACUCCUACCCUGUGUUGGAAGCUCUGUUCAUAGAGUUUCGCAAGAUCAGCUGAAUUAAUGGAAUCCCCUGCCUGCUUAGUAGAGUUGUGGUCCGAUGCCUGGCAGACUGCAAUGAAGAAAUCAAGCUGUUACUCAUUUGACUCCUUACAUUGGAGGAGGGGGCCAAAUGGUUAUGGUGCUUGGAGUAUUUAUUUUAAUUAUGUAAUCAUAUCCUCCCCCUUUCCCCCCCUUUUUUUUAAAAAAAAAAUUUGUUUUUUCCUUUUUCUUUUAAAUGCUCCCUGUGUGUUUUGAGAUUUUUAUUUCCAAAAUGUACUGCGGUGUCUGAUUACUUGUGUAGGUAUUUGUGAUUUAUGUUCCCUCUUGCAAACCUUGAGCAUAUGAACAGUUUGUGCAAGGUAUUGUCUCUGACAUUGUUUACAUAUCAGUAGAUAUAUUACAUUAAUUGUUUUGACUAUAUAAUUCUUUUUGAUGACAGAUUUAAUUUGUAGAUGUUUCACCUGGCUGAAUGUUAGGGUUGUUGUGAUAUUUUUAAAUUUGUGUUUUGUAAAGUAGCCUGGAAAAGGCAAGGACAUAGCAGUCACCCUAAUGAAGGUGCAUUCUUGUAGAAGUGUAGCAUCAUUUGAGGAACAGAGUAAGUGUAUUAAAUACAUUUAUUUUUAUUAUUUAAAAUGCUUUAAUUUAGGUGAGUGGAAAAAUAUAUUUUGACAGAAGUGGUAUAUUUUAACAGGAAGUGUUUUUAGGCUAUAUAUAAACGUCUAGCUAUAAUGCAUGUAAAUGGCGUUUAAAAAAUCUUGUUUGAGUGUUCUGAUAUAGUGCAGGGAUAGCCAACCUUCGGCACUCCAGAUGUUGUGGACUAUAUCUCCCAUAAUGCUCUUACAUCCAUAUUGCUGGCAAAUCAUCAUGGGAGGUCUAGUCCAAAACAUCUGGAGUGCCGAAAGUUGCUUAUGUCUGAUAUAGUGCAUGGCGUAGCAUGUAAUAUUGUAUACCCAAUGCAGGAAAUAAUUUUGUGAGAACUUUGCAUGUUUAAUUUCUGACCAUUUAAAAAAAUAACCUUUAGUAUAACUAAAUACCUUGUUGGUGAAUGACAUGUGCAAAUAAUUCUGAUAAAUGGCUUGACAUUAAUGUUCUUUAUUAUACUUUACUGUUACCAUAUGAGCAAACAGUCUUUUGUAGUAAAAGAAUCCAAAUCUAUACCUCACCCAAAAUGUGUUUCCCAAAACUGGGGCAGAAUUUACCUCCAUAACAAAUCCCAUGGUUCCGGAGGCUGAAGAACAAGUCAGAGGAUGUUGAGAAAUUAUAACUACUUCUAUACAUUAGUCUUUGUUAUUAUCCAAAUGACAACAAGUAGGGAUUUUGAAUGUAACAAUAUUACAUGAAGGGUAAACCUUAUGUAUGUAGAGCAUCGUACAAUUUGUCUAGCUGAACAGACACACAUUUGGUGUUUUUAAAAGAAGAAUUAAAUUGCAUUGCAGACACAGUGUACAAUUUAAUAAUAAAUACACUGAAUAAGCAUUUAUUUUAUUUAUCUAAUCAGAAGCAGUGAACAAUGGAAAAAUCUAGCAUCGAGAGGGAUUUCACCCUUUCAAUAAAAAAAAAACAAAAAAAACUACUCUUGCAUGUCUCCUGCACACUAAGCAUUGCUAAAAAACAAACAAAAAAACUGUCAGCUGGUUAGAUUGAGAUUCAACAGGAUUAUAUUAAAAACAUAGAUCAAGUCUUCAUGUAGUUUAUUUUAUUUUAGAGAUUCAGCAGGGAAACUGUCUUGUUUUGUUUGGGUGGGGGGGGAGGUGGAGGGGAGGAAGGGGGAAGAUCUUGCAGCAUUGUUAGAAACUUCCUUUAAAACACAUCAUACAAUUCUUGUGGAAAAAGAGACAAUCACUGUGUCAACUUCAGGGCAAUAAAAAUAUUAUUGUAAACCAUGCAGAUAAGAUAAGGCAUGGCUUGUGCUUUAAAAUAGCAAAACAAUUGUGAAAUGGUUUAUUAAAGGCAUACAAUAGUCAUCAAAACAACUACAGCUUAUUUUAUUUGUUUUGGGAAGUAGAAUCAUUCCCUUCAGGCUUUUUGCGGUAAACACUGGCUUUUCAGAGAAAAUGCAGUGUUUACAUUACAGCCUAGGGUCGCUCCUCAGAUGGCUACUAGAAGUGCUUUCUUGGGCAGUGCUGCACAGUGUGUAGCACUGACAGUCAGUGUCUCCACCCUCUGCAUGGAGACACUGAACUUUUUCUCAUAGAGAUGCAUUGAUUCAGUGCAUCUCUAUAAGAGAUGCUGAUUGGCCAGUGCUGGCUCUGCCCCUGAUCUGCCUCCUUGACAGUCUUAGCUAAUCACAGUGCUUUCCUGUAGGAAAGCAUUGUGAUUGGCUCAGAUCAACACUUCUGAUUAUGUCAGGCAGGUCAGGUGCAGAGCCAGCAGCAGCAGACUCCAAUAAUGGUAAGAUUGUCAAUAUAUUUAGGUAGACACUACACUUUAGUGUCAGGAAUACAUGUUUGUGUUCUUGACUUUAUAGUGUUCCCUUAAAGUCCUACUCUUGCAUUAUUACAGAAGUAUCUAACUCCUUUAUUUAUGGGUUUAUAUACAUACACAAGCAGGAAAUAAGUGGGCACAAACAAAGAUUCAUGUAAUGUGAUACAUAUAAUUUACUCUUUCUGACAAUGACAAGAGGGGGGAAACUAUUCUCUGUGUGUGUGUGUAAUGUCUGUACAUGUGUGAGUUUGUGCGUGUGCAUUGUCAGUAUUUUUGACCCGUUGUAUGCAAUGUCAGUGUGUUUUUGUUGGUGUCCUUGAGUACGCAGUAUAAGUGUCUGUGUGUAUAUAUUUGUAUUCCUUUAUAUUUCGUGUCAGUGUUUGUAAUUUAUCUCUUCCUAGCCUCCCAACAUUUGAGCUAUUUUGACAAUGGGUAUUGGUGAUUUGGGACGUUCUUUGCACUCCGGACCAGCCUAUUUUCAUUUUCCCCGUGUCCACAAAUUUAAAUAUUAAGAUAUCUUGGUGUAGGCUUUUGAAGUAGUGGCCAAAUGUUAAUCAUCAGCUGUUGAAGAACUACAUAUACUGUGGUGUUUUAAAAGAACACAAAAAGUAUCAUAAACCCUUCAUCUAAUUAAAGUGAUUUUGGUGUCUGGAAUCCCCUGGUCAGUGUUAAAUCAUUUUCAAGGUUUAACACUAAAUAUCUUUGAAUGAAUCACCCAAAAGGUCAACUCCCAGUGAAAUUGUGGCUAAGGAGGAGUUAGUCUGCCAUAGCCCUAUCAACUUAAACCAUCAGUGACCGAUUGGGAGUGGGCAGCUAACACCUAAUUUUUGGGGUUUAGUUCCAGUGUAUGAUCAUAUAGUGCAUAAGCCUGCCACAACGUCAAUGUACCCCAUUUUGGCUGGUCCUAUCUUGGUAACCUAAUACCUGCUCUUAUGUGAUUAACCCACCUACUGGUGAAAUCCUUCCUCCUAGGACUCUCUGUAGUGCAUAGUUAAUUAGGGCCUGGGAAUGAGGCACCUGUGACAGAGGGGUGCAAAAGGCUUAUAUCCAACCUUUAGGCUUGUAUCCUAGAAGGCCUUUCAGUGUUCAUUAUCUAAAUGUAACUCCUAAGAAUUGACUCUAAGGUUAUUUAUUAACUAGGUGUUAUUUAGAGCAAUUGGAGUGAGAGGAUGUUGUAAGGGACUGGGGUAGAUGGAUUCAUGGGGAUAGGAAAAAGACCCCUGUUUACGCUAAUCCCAGAUGUACAGGGAUUAGCUUUGUAGCAAGUGCGAUCAGAUAAUGUUUUCAGCCAACAAGCUAACCAGGAACUGCAGGGCUUAACGCGUAAGAACUAACAGAAGAGGGUCCGGCUCUCUGGUGGCAGUAGUGCUGAAAGAGAGUGGCAUCCAGUAGACCCCAAAUGUAAGAUGUAAACUAAGAAUAUGCUAGUUGAUAAUAGCUAUCUACAGAUUUUCAUAAAGUGUGAUAUGGAUUCUAUUGCUGUCCCCUUUGGUUAAAUUUAGACAUAUAGUGCAGGGAUAACACUUAACAGGGGGGAAUAUAGUCCCCAGCACAACUACAACUUAAUGUUAUGUUGAUCUAUAGCCUGUCCCUGCAGGCUUUUUACUGGAAACAAUGUUUACAUUACAGGCUAGUAACAUCUCUUGUGGUAGUAACUCAGAUGGAUACUAGAGGUUCUUCAUGGGUCAGUGCCGCACAGUCUCUCCACCCCCUGCAUGGAGGUGCUGAAUGUUCCUCAGAGAGAAGCAUUGAUUCAAUGCAUCUCUACGAGGAGAUGCUGAUUGGCGCAGUGUGGCAGCCUCCCAAUGCUUUCCUAUGGGGAGUUUGAUCUCAGACAAGCGUGUGCAGAGCCAACCGCGAUAUACCCAUGCAGCACUAGAUGAAGGUAAGUAAACUCUUAACCGAAGGUAAGGUGUAGGCCGGGGCCUAAAAUGUUGUUUUAAAACUAUAGUGCCAGGAAUACGUUUGGUUUUUAUACACUGACAGAUGUCACUAGAGAUGUGUGGAGUCAAGGACAAGGUGCCUGACUGGGAUGCAGGAGACACAUAAUUAGCGCAUAGCAUGCUGGUGACCCUGACAUCACCCUCCCUUCAAAGACCCAUAAUUAGUGCAUAGCAUGCUGGUGACCCUGACAUCACCCUCCCUUCAAAGACGCCGUUAGGCGAGAAGAGGAAAGCGAUAUACGGUCCUGAAGGUUACUUUUGAGGGAAGUGCUCAUGCCAUUGUACAGAACACUGGUGAGACCUCACUUGGAGUAUUGUACACCGUACUGGAGACCGUACCUUCAGAAGGAUAUUGAUACCUUAGAGAGGGUUCAGAGAAGGGAUACUAAACUGGUUCAUGGAUUGCGGGAUAAAACUUACCAGGAAAGGUUAAAGGAUCUUAACAUGUAUAGCUUGGAGGAAAGACGAGACAGGGGGGAUAUGAUAGAAACAUUUAAAUAUAUAAAGGGAAUCAACACAGUAAAGGAGGAGACUAUAUUUAAAAGAAGAAAAACUACCACAACAAGAGGACAUAGUAUUAAAUUAGAGGGACAAAGGUUUAAAAAUAUCAGGAAGUAUUACUUCACUGAGAGGGUAGUGGAUGCAUGGAAUAGCCUUCCAGCUGAAGUGGUAGAGGUUAACACAGUAAAGGAGUUUAAGCAUGCGUGAGAUAGGCAUAAGGCUAUCCUAACUAUAAGAUAAGGCUAGGGACUAAUGAAAGUAUUUAGAAAAUUGGGCAGACUAGAAUGGCCGAAUGGUUCUUAUCUGCCGUCACAUUCUAUGUUUCUAUGUAACACACUCCUACUCAGACACUCACUUUGAUAGCUACACAGAAAGACUGUUAGCCAUGUGCCCACCUACACAUGAGAUUUAAGGGAAUCAUUUUAUUUCAUUUUCAUGAUAGUUUACUAGGAAUCAAAUUUAUUUUGUAAAAAUUGGCUUCCUCACCACAUGACUCAGAGUAGUCUCCCACAUAAAACAAUUUUGAAUUCCUUGGAGCAGUACUUGAGAAAUUCAGUGUCAAGUUGCUAUAUGGAGGGCAACACAGAACUAGAACAUAGUGCUAAGAAUUUGUGUGUGUUUUGAGCAGGAAUUCCAAAUCUUCUUUAUUUCUGCCUUAAAUUAUGCAUUUUACUUGCUUUUUAGUUGCCCCGUAUAAAGUACCACUUUGUUACCUUGAGGAUUAACUUUUUUUUUUUUUUGUUCUGUAUUAAUUUCUCACUUAUACAUUUAGUGCACAAAUAUGUAUUCUACACUGGCUUUUAAGGAAGGUUUCCAAGAUCCGUUACCACUGUAGUGAUUAUGGUGCCAAGAGUGCCCUUGCUCUCUUCCUCAGUAAGUGAUGACAUUGGGUUGUCAGGCUGAAUUAUAAUUUAUAAAAUGAACUCAUUAUAUAUUAUACAUAAAUACAUUCAGAGUAAAGAAGAGAAAAAAAAAAUACACACACACACACAACACACACACACACACACACACACAAAGUAGAUGUUUCAUUUUAAGAAAGUGUUGUGCUGAAGGGAUGGACAUUCAGAACAACCUGUGGCACAACACUUUCUUAAAAUGAAACAUCCACUUUCCUCUUUGAAGUUUGUCGCAAUAGACCAUAUCCCAAUACCCAGGCGAGGAGGGGAUCGCAGUAAAAUACUCCUUAAUAGAGAGACAGAGUGGAUCUUCCAAUUGAACACGAUUGCACCUGGAGGACUCAAUGAGAUGCUUUCUUAUCAUUCAUUUCUUUAAUUAUGACCCUAAAAGCAAUAGGAAUUUUGUUUUUAUGAUGAUUUUUAUGAUGUUUUUUAUUAUGUGUAAGUUUAUAACUUUAAGCACUUAAUGUUUUGGUACAUUUGUAUACUAGGGAAUAAUCUAUUAAUAUAGAAUUGUUAUUCAAUUAUAUUUGCACUGGUAAGCACUUUCUAUAUUUCAAGCAAUAAACAUAUCACUGUUUGCACUUUAUUAUCACUAUAGCACUUUUCUAUAUACACUUUAUUUCCAGUAUAAACUGUACUGGUCUUUAGCACUUUAUUCCACAUUGGCACUUUAAGGCCAGUAUUUACUUGCCAAUAUAAGGGUAUUAAUUAAUAUCAUUGAGUACACAUAGUUUUCUAUGCACUCUUUAUACACACUAGUAUCACUUUAUAUCUACAUAGAUCUUUCACUCUCAAUAUUUCUUAUUAACAGGAUGAUUGGAUUAGUAUUUGGGAUUGUCUAUUGAAUCUAAAACGUUUUAGUUAUGUAGCCGGGUUGCCAUAGCAACUGGAGAUACAUGUCAUUCACCACCAGUCACUUCCUGGUUUUUCUUCCCAUGUGACUCUAGCGUUGCCGCAGCAACGCGUGACGUCAUCACGAUACGUAGGGACGGGGCCACGUCCGCGCAUGCGCACGGAGGUAUGGUAGACGCCAGGGGCACCACACCCACCACUCUGAGCAUAGGGGUAAGUCAUUUUUUGUCUAAUUUCACUAAUACUUGAGGUAUAUAAAUGUAUUGUUCUUCCUUGUUUCAUAUGUUUGAUCCUGAUGAAAGUUCCAGACAGGAACUGAAACGUUGAUCUUUUAAAUGGAAUUUCAAUAAACUGUAAGUUUUAAUUCACAAAAGCCCGAGAGUGCUGAUCACUACUUCUCUCUCUCUCUCUCUCUCUAUAUAUAUAUAUAUAUAUAUAUAUAUAUAUUGAUAUUGGAAGGCCAUUUGGCCUGAAUUUGUUGGAGGAGUUAUGAUCCUAUAUAAACCCUACCCCCCUUACUUUUGUCAUGCAUGCUAUUCGUCACCAUAGUUACCUGCACUUCCUGUUCGUCGUUCCCGCCAAGUCCUGUCUCCAGCAAGCAGUCCGUUGCCAGCAGCUUCUGCCUCCGUCUUCCAUGCCCGUCCACCGGCUUCUACCCAACCUUGCGCGCUACCCGGCUUCCGGUCAUGAGACCGGCACAUCCACGUUAGCAUAAACGUGGGAAAUGGCGUUCGGCUAUUUCCCACGUUCAGCCCUAAAACCGUGAGGAUAGGCUCCCUUCAUUACUUACCCAUUCAUGCUCUUACUCCAUUCGUGUACUUCUGCAUUCAUGCAGCUAACAGCCAACCGCAGAGUACACACUCCUGUCGCUUACAUUUUCGUAUAAACUAACUUACGUUCGACUAUUUUCAUUCGGUCGUUCAGCCGAACACACAUACAUUGGCUUUCGUUUAAAAUUUGUUUGUAUGCUCCAUUUAACCGAACACAGGAGUUCUUUCUCAUUACAGUUCUCCUGUUCAUUUGUUUACCGAAAGCAAGAGGCUACAAUGUUUAAAUUCUCAAAUCUACUGUAAUUGUACGUAGUUUGCUUUCAUGUAACUAAGCACUCGCAUUAUUUAUCCUAUUUGGAUUUAUGUGUAUUUAUUACAUGGCUCUUAAAGUCACCACUGGUUAAAUAACGUGUUUCUAAUUUUCCCGCCCAUGGUCACAUAAUUAUGGGACUCCUAUCUUUUACAGGGUAAAUCUUCUUAAAGCACAGUUUGACCAUUUUUCUCUUAUCAGUUACGUUUAAAAAAUACACCUCCAGGCAUUAGCCUACCCUGCUGGGACUUGGUUUUGGACUUUCCCUUAUGUAUUAGUCUUCUACGCAACUAAGGUCUCUCCGCUCAUAGGUUAAGCCUUACGGUCCUUUUUCACCAGGCUCUUUACAGACCAUUAGCACAAUUUAAAACUUCCGUUCCUUAAAAGUCCUUAUAUACUGGUUCCUUACACUUAGACUGCGUAUGUUUUUGGGGUUUUACUACUUCUAUUUUUCUUCCAAUAAAGCUCCAAGAAGAGGUACCCAGUAUCCCGCAUUUCGGUAACAGGCAAGAAGGUUUACCAUUUUACGUUUUCCCUUGAGGCCUCAUUCAGCCUGCCCAGCCCUUAUACAGCCCCCCACCUCUCAAAGUGAGUUCUAAACUUCGAGACGUACCUGGUCUAAGAUUCCUCACAAAUGUCAACAACAAUCUUAUAAUCAUAAUCCACCGUAUUACUACUAUAUUUAACGGUACAAGUUUUGUCAUUCAUUUCUACAUAUCAUUACUUAGACGUGUGUCAUUACUGCAGCUCGCCAAGUCCUACGCCAUCGACAACCUACAGUUAAUCUUACUCACUACGAUUACGUUCUCCUUAAGGCCUCACUUCGCUUUCAUAUCAUUCAAAUAAAAGUCACAUUGUGGGACCCCAGGGGCUUGUCUCUAAUUGACGGACCAACGUUCAGGUCCCUCAGCUUACCAGAGUUCUUACAUUACGGUAUCUCUGUGCUUGUGCUUUAGGGUGCACACCCUAAUGCAAUAGGCUGCGCACGCCUAUGCUUGCCCACAACUCCAGGCCAAGCUUUCCAAUAUAUAUAAUAUAUUUGUGCUCUGAAUUUAUCUAAUACGUAAUGGAAUGUAGAAAGAGAAGCAAAGUUGGUUGAGGUGUGCCGAAACCAACGUAUGAGUAGGCCUGUAAAAGAGGGCCCACAAGGUGAAUUGUUAAUAAAUAUGGGUGUAGGUGGGUAUAUAUAUAUAUAUAUAUAUAUAUAUAUAUAUAUAUAUAUAUAUAUAUAUAUAUAUAUAUAUAUAUAUAUAUAUAUAUAUAUAUAUAUAUAUAUAGUGACAAACUUACUUUCCUGUGUGUGUUUGUCCAGGAUCUUUUGGCAACCGCACAGCCCUCUAGGGUAAGAAAACCAGGUGAAGACAAAGUCCAGUUUCAAAAAGGCCUCUCGCCUGUUUAUUUUCUGUUGUUAUGAAGUAACAGGAUACAAUAAACAGCAAACCUUCUUUCUCCUCAAAACACUUCCCUCACUCCACCCUGCUUUAACUGCAGCUAUAUAGCUGCUCACAGCCCCUACAGGUGAGGCUAAUGACCUUGUUAGGCAGUGAGCCAGAACUCUUUAGAAGACCUGGGCUGGACUCAUGCACAACCACUCUGACAGUGGGUGGAGAAUCGGCCCACCCUGCUCUUCCGAAUACUCCACCCCAGGGACCCAAAUAACAACAGAGGAAAAAAUCUACAUUUAAACUUCACUUUCCCUGGGGCUGCAUGUGCUUACCCACAUGUCAGGAUAUUGGCUGUGCAAAAGUCUGGGUGCCAGAUAUACACCCCUGACCACCAUCCCCAACACUCUGUUACAUAUCCUCCCCCCCAGCUCAGACCUAGUGGGGUGAACGACCACAGAAAACAAAUUUUCUCGCGACAAACUGUCAGCAUUUCCAUGUUUAGAACACGGCCUAUGUUCAACUGUAAAAUGAAAUGGUUGUAAACUGAGGAACCACCUUGUCACCCUGGCAUUAUUAUCUUUGUUUUGACUCAUCCAGGUUAAGGAGGCAUGGUCUGUGACCAACCUAAAUUUUCUACCCAGCAGAUAUUUUAAUGCGUCUUAGCCCCAUUUUAUGGUAAGGCAUUCUUUUUCCAUUAUAGAAUAAUUUUUCUCAGUGGGAGUCAGCUUCCUACUUAAAUAAAACACUGGGUGUUCUUCACCCUGAAUUUCCUGAGACAGAACCGCCCCUAACCCAAUCUCUGAUGCAUCGGUUUGGACAAUAAACUCUUUAGUGAAAUCCGGGGUUACCAGAACCGGUUGGGUGCACAAAGCCUCUUUCAAAGUUACAAACGAUUUUUCUGCCUCUAAUGACCACUUAACCACUAGUGGGACUUUUCCUUUUGUGAGAUCCGUUAAAGGAGCUGCUAAUGUAGCAAAACCAGGAAUAAAUUGCCUGUAAUACCCAAUAAGUCCUAAGAAAGUCCUGACUUGCUUUUUAGUGAGGGGGCGUGGCCAAUUUUGUAUGGCCUCCACUUUUGCUGUUUGGGGCUUAACUAGUCCUCUCCCAAUCGAAUAACCCAGAUAUUUUGCCUCUUCCAAACCUAUAGUACACUUAGAUGGGUUAGCAGUUAAACCAGCUAGGCGGAUAGAGUCCAGUACUGCCUGCACUUUGGGAAGAUGUGAAGCCCAGUCACAACUGUGAAUGACUAUGUCAUCUAAGUAUGCGGCCGCAUAACGGCUGUGAGGCUUCAAAAUCCUAUCAAUCAGUCUUUGAAAAGUGUCAGGGGCCCCAUGUAACCCAAAUGGUAGCACCUUGUAUUGGACUAAUCCCCCUGAUGUCGAAAAAGCGGUCUUUUUUCUUUUGCCCUGUUUGUAAGAGGUACUUGCCAAUAACCCUUUGUCAGGUCUAAAGUAGUCCGGUACCGAGCCUUACCCAGUCUCUCUAUCAGUUCAUCAACCCUAGGCAUUGGAUAAGCAUCAAACUUUGACACACUAUUUAAUUUACGAAAAUCAUUACAAAAUCUUAACGAACCAUCAGGUUUUGGCACCAGUACUAUAGGGCUGUUCCACUCGCUUUGUGAUUCCUCAAUAAUAUCAAGAGCUAACAUUUUCUUAAUUUCUGCAGCUACUGCCUCUUUCUGUGCUUCUGGGAUUCUGUACGGUUUAAGACUUAUCUUCACCCCUGGUUCUGUAACAAUAUCAUGCUUGAUAACGUUAGUCCUGCCCGGAACUACAGAAAAUACAUCCCGGUUUCUAACAAAUUCCCUUACUUCCUGUUUCUGGUGGGGGGACAGGGUGUCUGGUAUAUUUACUUCAAGUUCACUACCAGUCUUAUUAGUGACAAUUUAAGUAGUUAAGACCUCUCUGUCCUUCCAGGGUUUUAGUAAAUUUAUAUGAUAUAUUUGCUCGGGUUUCCUCCUAUUGGGUUGUCUCACUUUAUAAUUAACUUCCCCAACCUGUUUUAUAACCUCAUAUGGGCCAUGCCAAGAUGCUAGAAAUUUAUUUUCUACUGUAGGGACCAAAACAAGUACCCUGUCUCCUGGGUGAAAAACUCUGUCUGGCAUUUUUAUUCUAACUGUUUUUCUGGGCCUCUUGGGCUUUCUGCAUAUGUUCUUUAACUAUUGGCAUGACAGCCGCCAUCCUAUCUUGCAUUUGAGCUAUGUGCUCAAUUACACUACGGUACGGAUUGGACUCCUGUUCCCAGGUUUCUUUUGCUAUAUCUAGCAGACCUCUGGGAUGAUGGGCAUAUAGAAGCUCAAAAGGAGAGAAGCCCGUAGAAGCUUGUGGCACCUCCCUUAUGGAGAACAUUAGAUAGGGUAGUAAGCAGUCCCAAUUCUUACCAUCUUAGUCAAUUACUUUCCUUAACAUACUUUUUAAGGUCUUGUUCUACCAGUCCGUCUGGGGAUGAUAAACAGAGGUCCUAAGAUGUUUAAUUUGAAGUAGUUUGCAUAACUCCUUUGUAACUUUAGACAUAAAUGGUGUACCCUGAUCUGUCAAAAUUUCUUUUGGUAUGCCCACCCGGCUAAACAUGAGCAUGAGUUCUCUCACUAUUGUCUUUGCAGACGUGUUACGUAGGGGUACUGCUUCCGGGUACUUGGUAGCAUAAUCCAGAAUCACCAAUAUAUGCUGAUGCCCCCUUGCAGACUUUACCAGAGGACCUACCAAGUCCAUUGCAAUCCUUUCAAAAGGUAUUUCUAUUAUAGGCAAUGGUACCAGAGGACUGCGGUAUGCCUUAAAAGGGGUGGUGUGUUGGCAUUCAGGACACAGGUUCAUCAAUCAAGGGACAGUCUCUAGCUUUAUGUCCAGGUUCAUUACACCGGAAACAUUUAAUAUUAUCAACUGUCCCCCACCUAGACCCUUUUUCAGGAUUAACAUUUCUAGACAAAAGCGUAUGGGGUCUCUGGGAAUAUGUCUCUUGUUCCUCUGUCUCUGAAACCUUGAAAAAUCUUACCAGGUCUUUCAGCAGCUGGAGUCUUAACUCUCUGCUUAGCCUUUGUUGUUGAGCCACUGUCUGUCAUCUGCAGCAACAUAUCUUUCCACCAAACCAAUUAACUCAUCUGCUGUUUGUGGAUCACUCUGACUGACCCAUCGACGCAGUGAAGCAGGCAAGCCCCGCAGGAAUCUGUCCAUCACAAGAAGUUCCAUGAUAUGGCUUGCCGUAUUUAUUUCUGGUUGUAACCACUUUCUAGCAAGAUGUAUCAGGUCAAACAUCUGGGAGCGGAUAGGUUUCUCUUGGUUGAAAGUCCAGGCAUGAAAUCUUUGGGCACGAACUGCCAUAGUCACACCAAGUCGUGCAAGGAUCUCAGCCUUCAGUUUAGAGUAUACCCCUGCCUGUGCUGGUUCCAGGUCAUAGAAAGCCUUCUGGGGUUCUCCAAUAAGAAAAGGCACCAGUAUGCUUGCCCACUCACUCACUGGCCACUCUUCUCUCUCAGUUGUCCUCUCAAAAGCUAGCAGGUAUGCUUCCACAUCAUCUGUAGGUGUCAUCUUCUGCAGGUAACGGCUGGCUCUGAUCAUUUUAACCUCAGACUGUGUCCCAUCCGAGACUCUGGUCAGUCCCUUGGUCAAAGCCUGUAUCUCCUUCUGUAUCAUACUGGUAGCCUGAUGUUGCUCCUCUCUGAGCAGGCGGUUUGCUUCAGCCUGGGCUGCCAUAACCUGCUGGAUCAUAGCAUCUGUGUUGGCCUUUUGCGUAAUUACCAGUUGCUGUAGGGCUGUGGCCUCCUGCUGUACGGCUGUAGCCUUUUGCUGUGCCGCUGUAGUUUGCAACAAAACUUUCACAACUUCCUCCAUAUUUCUCCAGGCUUGUUUGGCUUCCAGUUAAUACCCACAGGCUUCUUUAGUGCAGUGCCCGCAUUCUCCACCAUAUGUGACAAACUUACUUUCCUGUGUGUGUUUGUCCAGGAUCUUUUGACAACCGCACAGCCCUCUAGGGUAAGAAAACCAGGUGAAGACAAAGCCCAGUUUCAAAAAGGCCUCUCGCCUGUUUAUUUUCUGUUGUUAUGAAGUAACAGGAUACAAUAAACAGCAAACCUUCUUUCUCUACAAAACACUUCCCUCACUUCACCCUGCUUUAACUGCAGUUAUAUAGCUGCUCACAGCCCCUAAUUAAUAAUUACAUACACACACUGCUGUGUGAGGGUGAUGUGUGUGGGUGCUGGUAGGGUGCUGUGAGGGUGUUUGUGUGUGCGCUUGUUAGGGUGCUGUGUGUGGGUGAGGGUCCUGUUAGUGUGCUGUGUGAGGGUCCUGUUAGUGUGCUGUGUGAGGGUGCUGUUUGUGUGCUGUGUGAGGGUGCUGUUUGUGUGCUGUGUGAGGGUGCUGUUUGUGUGCUGUGUGAGGGUGCUGUGUGUUUGUGAGGGUACUGUUAGUGUGCUGUGUGAGGGUGCUGGACCUUUAAAAGGGAUUCACCCCCCCCUUCCCUACCCUACGGUAAUUGGUCUGACAAGCUGCAGGCUUUUGAGACUUUCUGGUUCAGAACAGAACCAUCUACUUCCAUUUCAGAGGUCAUCAACACAAACUGCCUAAACAAGCUGGUCUUGGCCUAGUGUGACCCACACAAGUAUUUGUUUUACCUCACUCUAGUAAACAGCCGCCUCACUAGAAGCUCAUGGGGCACUGCCACGUCCAGCCCAGCUACGGCUUCUAUAACUGUUGGUUUUUCAACAAAACUGUUCGUUUGUUUAGCCAUUCAGAUAUGGCAAAUUUUACUAGUAAAGCAAAUUCAGCCUAUUUCAAUCGUACAUAGCAUGCCUCAUUCUGCUUACUGUGUUUGCCAGCAAUGCCUCAUUCUGCUUACUGUAUUUGGCCCACACCAGGCCAUAUCGACUUUUAUCAUAUGCAUUUUAGUUAGUCACCCUGAAAUUUAAUGUUUCACUCUACAUUUAAAAGUUUUCUUUGUCUAUACUGGGUAUUCAUGCACUUUUUGAGCCUUCAUUGUUUAGUAAUUAUGUGGCUAGAUGUUGCAACUGACUGUCUAAAUUUAGGUCAGGCCCAAACUUGUUCUUAUACAUGUGGUAAAGGAAAUAAAAUAUAAACUUGUAUAUACAUUCUCUGUACACAUAAAUGUAAACUUCCUUAUUUUCUGUAAAGGGGAAUAUCUUAUAAAAGUCUUAAAUCUUCUUACUAAAGGUCCUCAAAUUCAUAAAAGUGUAUGUAUAUGCAUUUCAGUUAGUCGCCCUACACUUUAAUGUUUGUCUGCCCUCUGGGUAUUACUCAUUGGGCCAAUAUUGUUUGGUAAUUCACUGUUUAGUAGAAAUGCCCCAAGGGACAGCUUGUCUGCAUUUAAUUAUGUAAUUUUCAUUGGGAUAUAAUCUUACACAGCUAGCUUAAACUGCAGUUCUCUUGUCUGCUGCUUUUGCAUUCCCUCGCUUUCUCACACCACCCAGACUUUCUUUGUACGGUCUGCAUUAGGAACAUCAUUCAGUUAUGUUCAGUUUUGCUAAUAUUACUGAGAGAUUCUAGCAUUUCCUGUUGCUUUAAACCCUAAUCUUCUAUGCCAGCUGUGUAUGCAUGAGUAUUUAUCAUCCUCCUAAGCAUUCCAUGUGUAGGUCUUUUUAAUGUAUGUCUUAUAUCUCCUAUGUACGGCCAUCACAGCCUCUAGCUUGUUCAGCCACUGUGGCAUUCUAGAGGCCUCUGUUCCCCUUUUGAUUCUGUCUUUCAACACCUCGUUUUAUUGGGCUCAGUGCAUAUGUAUUAUAUGAUGUUUUAUAAGUGUUUUUAUACAGUUUCUGUUCUUUUCACCAUUUCAUAAACUAGAUGAUUAUUCGUAAUUAUCGGGUUCUCUACCAUCUCAUCACCAUGUCUUAGCUACAUACACAAACUCCACAACUAUUCUCAGAUUCGCAUCCUACAUUCACCCGCAUUAAUCCUAACAUAGCCCGCACAGCCACCCUGAAACUCUGGAUACAAAUCGGGAUAUGUAUAUUUCCUACUCCUGGCAUAACUAUGCCUUUACAACGUGUGUUCAUAUGCCCUGUAAUGGGCAACCUGCCACAGGCUAAUCCGGCACCUCGUUUGGGCAUUUCAUUAAAAACAUUUUUUGAUUUUGGAUUAAGAAUAUAAUGUCUUGUUUUAGGUUCUGGGUAGUAAAUUUAUAGGCACCUAGUAUACGGGUAUCACUAUUUUACAGUUAUGUAGCGGUAAUAUUUCCACAAUCUGAUUAUCAUAAUGCCACAAACCGGUAUUACCUUCGAUGUGACAUAUUAGAUGAGUUACGAUAGACUGAUACGCCUUGGGCAACACUGUCUAUAUUUACAUAUGCAUUUCUGCACAAUCUACGGUUUUGCUUACAAACAUAUUUGUGUCAUGUCUAAUCAGAUUUUGAUAUUUCCCUAAAUAUGAUUGCAUGGUUUAACACUACAGUUCCUGUCUGCGGAUAUUUGGUCUUGUGGCUUUCCAGGACGCCAUGGGUAUCUUGCGAACAUCCACUUCCUUAUUUCUUAUCAAAUCAUAUUAUUUCACAAGUUAUCAAUUUGGAGCAUUAUUUGCUUUUCAGACCUCGCACCCAUUUGUCAGUUACGGUUCUUUUCGUAGGUUAUAGACCUCUCCUUCCCCUCUUCUCUGCCUCUUUUAGGGGAUACGGAAGAUUUCAGUUACAGGUUACAACCAUACCAUACAGAACUACAUGAACUCUUAUACAAAUUCAGGUACGUUUUUAGCCACGAUGGCUCCCCCGCAAUGUAGACCUUUUUAGUGAGUAGGUUUUACUGGCUUAUAGGGAGCUAGGUGACCAAGAGAUGUUAAGUUUCUGGCAUCUCUGCCUUGGAGUUAGUGGUCCCGUGAGGCCAACACCCAUCCUCCAUGCAUGAGGUGUUAUGCCCCCUGGGCCAAAACAUAAUUGGCUGCCUUGCACAGUGGCAUACAGAGGGCCUCACUUGUCACACCCAAUCUAUCUCAUGAUUUAAAUGUCACCUAGAGGCCAACACCCUGCCACAACGUUCGGUGGCCACGAAUCCACUCGCACCAAAGCAUAGAUAGAACCUCUCAAGCCACUUGUCAACUAGCAGGGCCUCACCUGUCGCGUACUUAGUGAAUUGAUUUGCCACUUGGCACUAGCUAGCCAGCCAGUAAAAUGAUCCUAAUCCAAGCUAAUUACUAGCUAAUACAUACUGGAUAUUGCAGUAUGUCUCAGACCCCUGUAACAAGGUGAUGACCUGUCAACCCCCAGUACUCCAGUCUGGUCCACUAUGCCUACACGAAAAAGUGACACCUAUCAGAUUCCAUCAGGUAAUGGACCAUUCCUUGUUUUACGACUGAGCUGCGCAGACGCAACGUUCCUUUCCCAGCAAUGGCCGGGAAAGCGGAACUAUUCAGGCUCAUGCGUACCAAUACAGACAAUGCUGAUGCUUGAGUAGGCAUGAGUUGCACCAACCUCCAUGCAACGUUUUCAGCACUCAUUUCCUCUGAGGUGUAAAUAAAUGAGAAACUGGAAAGACUAGGAAUACCCUUUUGAACCUUGCCGUCAACAGAAUGCUGAUCCUCACAGGGUUCUCCGUACGCAUACGAUGAUAAAACAAUUCAAUAUUGAGCAUGUGCGCCUGUACGUUCAGAUAUCUUACGGGAUAUUGACUUGACUUUCUGUCUGAAAGUUUUUACACUAAUAGGUGAAUUUGGAUAUAGAUAAGUUGUGAUGCCACACCUAUCAGACAUAUUGUGAAAUCAUUAUUCUACUAAAACAUGUCAUCUUUAAGUUGAGCCGACCCUACCUUGUACUUAUAGAAGUCGCCAUGGCGGGCCUGCCAUGGCUGAUUUAAUCGGUUUCUACUAACUGUAUUUUUGUUCUUUCAGGGCGAAUUUCACUACUAUCAUAUUCAGCUUUUCAUUAAUACGUAGAUUUACAGCGAUGCCUUCUUCAGCUUCCGGUAUAAGGCCCUUUACUGGAACAUAUCGACUUCUAUUAUGUCUUGGCCCCCUACAUGCUACAUGGCUACGUGUCGCUAUUGACUGGAUCAAUCAUGUCAAGCCCAACUUGGGCCUACACAUAUGGUUCACAAAUAUAAACUAACUUGUAUAUACAUUCACUGUACUUACAUUAACUACAACCCUCAUGGGACUGAUCUGCUAACAAAGGUUUACUUUGGGUUAGUUAUACUAAUUACAGGUUGUUGAUUGACCUCUCAUAAACUUGUUAGUUUGAAUUGUCCACCGUUAUGGCCCUUGUAGAUACUUUUCAUCGUAUAUUCUUGUUGAUCCUGAUACUGGUUACUUUUGUUUAUUUUUUGGUUUUCUUCAUUAUUGAUACUUUUCUGGUUCUCAAACCUUUCUACUCUAUUAUUUCCCCCAUAUAAGUUGGUUUGUCAACUUGGCCCUCGCUAUAUUAAUCACUUAUCUACGUUCAUUUGUUUCCAGGCUAUCCUAUUAUUUUCAGGCGACAGGGGCUUAUACAUGUGACAGGUUCACGAUUCACUUACUUUCCAGAGUUUCCGCAUUAUUAGAAUUUUGCUAUAUGCCUUGAUGCUAUUAAUUUAAUUUUGAUGUCAUAUGCUGGUAUUUUCAUAUUCAUGCCAUCUGGUUUAGUCUAAGUCGCUCGUGUUACCCCUCAAUUGUUUACAAGGUUAUCACUUACAUGUUUACAACUAUUUCCUUAGCCCUCGUAGGGCUCACGUGUCGGGCAGAUUUCGCUAUUUAAAUGUACACGGUAUUACUCCUCCAGGUUCUAAGGUAUUUCAAGUUGUGCCCUUACAUGUACAUGUGGGGUACUGUUCUACUCGGGAGACUUCACUGAACACAAAUAUUAGUGUUUCAAAACAGUAAAAUGUAUUACAACGAUGAUAUCGCCAGUAAAAGUGACGUUUUUUUGCAUUUUUCACGCACAAACAGCACUUACACGGACGAUAUUAUUGCUGCAAUACUUUUUACUGUUUUGAAACACAAAUAUUUGUGUUCAGCGAAGUCUCCUGAGUACAACAGUACCCCUCAUGUACAGGUUUUAUGGUGUUUUCAAAAGUUACAGCGUAAAAUAUAAGGCUUGUGUUUCAUUUUUUUCACAUUAAAAUUCGCCAGAUUGGUUACGUUGCCUUUGAGACCCUAUGGUAGCCCAAGAAUGAAAAUUACUCCUAUGAUGGCAUACCAUUUGCAAUAGUAGACAACCCAAGGUAUUGCAAACAGGGUAUGUCCAGUCUUUUUUAGUAGCCACUUAGUCACAAACACUGGCCAAAAUUGGCAUUUUUUGCAUUUUUCACACAAACAAAUACUAACACUAACUUUGGCCAGUGUUUGUGACCAAAUGGCUACUAAAAAAGACUGGACAUACCCCAUUUGCAAUACCUUGGAUUGUCUACUAUUGCAAAUCAUAUGCCAUUAUGAGUGUAAAUUUCUUUCCUGGGCUACUAUAAAGUCCCAAAGGCAACGUAACCAAUCUGGCAAAUUUCAAUUUCAAAUGUAACGUGCUAUAUUUGACCCUGUAACUUCCCAAAACGCCAUAAAACCUGUAAAUAGGGGGUACUGUUUUACACGUGAGACUUUGCUGAAUACAAAUAUGUGUAUUUUAUUGCAGUAAAAGCAAACAGUAUUAUGACAUUGACCGUUAAAAUGUCAUGUAGAACUAAAAAAAAUCAAAAAAAAAUCUUUUCUCCCAUUUUUUUAACAUUAAAUUAUGUUUCAUAGCUAAAUUUUUGAUAUGAAAUGAAAGCCCUGUUUCCCCUGAAUAAAAUGAUAUAUAAUAAGGGUGGUUGUAUUUAAUAUGAAAGAGAAGUAUUACGGUUGGACAGACAUGUAGCGCAAAUGCCAGGUUUUGUUUACAUUUUGUUUUGUUCACAACGUGUACAUUUGGCUCCGUCCUUAAGGGGUUAAUCACCAUGACCAGUUCAAAUCACUGAAGUGAUCCUGGUGCUUGUUUUUUAUUUAUUUUUUUUAAUACCGAUUUGUAGAAUAACAAUAAGGCAAAAGUCUUUCUGAACUUUAUUUAUUUGAUUACUUUUUUUUUUUUUUUUUUAUGGGAUUCAUUUACCAAAAAUAUAAAUAUUGCAUGAAUAUACAUCCUAAUGUUACAUAACUAAUUCUGAUCUCAUGCUAAAUAGCAUUUGAACCAUAAUGUAUCUUAAAUAGAAAACUAUAUUUGUUUUGGUUCUUCAUCCAAAAACAUUCUAUGAAAAGAAAUCCAAUUUAAAUUAAAAAAAUAUUUUUUUUUACAUAUAUAUUUAUAAAAAAAAUGUUUUUAUUGAUUUUUAUACACCCUGCUAAAAGGAGUUCCUGUUUCAAUAAAUGCAAAAGUUUAGCAUUUGUGUUCACCUACAGAUUUUGUUCACUAAUUAGGUCGAAUUUUCACAAAAUAAGUCUAAAUGGAAAGAUGUUGCUAUUUUUGCACUGGUUUUGCCAUUUGUUGUGUUGUGUGUAUUCUGUUGUAGUUAAGUGGGUGUUUUUGUAACCUGCUAACCUAAUGUAAUUGCAUUUCCAUGUAUUGUCUGUUUUGCAGGAAGCUGUCGUUUAUUAAUGGCUGGUGUUUGUCACCAUGCACCAUCGUUGGCUACUGCUUGUUGCAUGCUUGUGGGUUCUAUUCAUGCUGAUGGUUGCAAGCAAGUUUAUCACCUUACGGAUGAGAGACCCUGAAGGUAUCCAUAUUUGUUAUUUUUCUAGCAAUACUGAUAUAAUUUGUGUCUAAUAAGAACAUUAUUAAAAUUGCAAAAAAAAUUUGUUGCAGUUUAGUGCUUCUAAUUUAGAUGUAUUUAUGGCAUAGUACGCUUCAGGUGGGAAAUAUUAUUCCAACAAUCUGAAAGCACAAUACUGUAAAAAUUAUAUUUGCCUUUGGUAAUUAAUGCACAUAAUAAAAGAACACUCCAGUAACCAUAACAACUACCAUAAGCUAUAGUGGUUAUGGUGCCAGGAGUAAGCAGUCAAACAGUUUAAGAAUGUUUUGACCAGUAACCUUGGUUCCCACCACCACAUCCCUUUCUACUGGAAGCUGCUGCACAGAGAUUCCAGUAAACACCACUGAGCCUCACAGUUUCACACUCAUUGGCAGGAACUUACAGCAGUAAGGGAGGCGUGAUGGGGGCCAUUCUUACACGGUUUGAUUAUUUCCUCUGGAAAGGCACGAGGACAUUCCUGUAGUAGUUAUGCUGGUUGGAGUGCUUCUUAAUUUCAGGAUAUCCUGCCGGUAAACAAAAAAAAAAAAAAAUGUAUUGCUCAUUUAGGACUUUGUCUUUGCAAGCAGGAAAAACUUUGGUCCAAUGUUAGUGAUGCAGUUUGAUUAAUGAUUUAUUGUUUAUUGUAAUUUUACUUUAAAGGUUAUGGAAUUAUUCAUCAAGGAUCAUUAACCAAUUUACCUGACACAGAAAAAAUAGCCGUGACUGAAAUAAAAAAAUUGCAGAUUGACAGCCAGGUAUGUUCUAUGUUUUAUUAGCAUAUUGUUUUUGUCUGGGCUAUAGAAUUUUGUGUAAUGAAUAUGAGCCAAACCUCUACAUAUGUUGAAAACUGAUUUCUGGGCUUAUUUAUUAUGAUGAUUAUUAUUUUAUAUGGCAUGGAUAUCCAUGAGAAAAAUUUUAACUUUUUUUUUUGGGGGGGGAUGUUAAUGCUGAAUUACAACCAAACAUUUAAUGUACAUUGGUUUAUGACAGCCCUAUUUAUAACACUCCGCGCACAAUAACCACUAACUGCAUCUAAUGUAAGUAAUCAAACAGGUUUUGUUAAUAUUUUGACAUCUUACCUGGGGUACGACCGCAUUAGUAUAAAUAAUGAUUCAACUAUUUUGCAAAUAAACCAUAUAAUAAAAAUUACUUUGCUAAACAGUACAAGUUUAAAUAAAAUUUUUAGGUUUUCUUACCAUUAAUGGGACGUAUUAUACUUCUUGUCAGCAGUCACUUUAUCGUAUUCCAGAAUCAUGUUUCAAAUCGAUGUUUUCAAAAUAUCUUCCCCUCUGUGUCUUUGUUCCACACCCUCAUUCCUUGUCUGUCUAUUCUGCCUCUUCACCAGCCCCUCUGUGUGUUUGUCCUACCCCAGCCUCUUCUGCGUGUCUUUCUCCCUUUCUCAACCUCUGUGUGUAUCUCCUUCUCCCAGCACAUUGUCAUUGUUUACCCCUAGCCCCUCUGGGUGUCUCCUCUUGGCCCCUGUCUCUCUUUUGCCCGUUCCCCAACCUUCUGUGUAAGUUUGUGUGUCACUUAGUGCCUGUUUGUCUCUUCUGCCCAUUCCCCAAAACCUUGACCCUUUCUCCCCCUCGCCCCUCCUUGUCUCCCUCUCCACCACAGCCCCUCUGGAUGUCUCUCCUCAGUCUCUGUUUGUCUUUUUCGCAACUUCCUAGCCCUUCUCUGUCUCUCUUGCCCCUUUCCCAACCUCUCUGUGUCUUUGUCCCCCCUACCAGCCCCUCUGUCUCUUGCACCCCCCACCCCUGUAGUGGGUCUCUUUCUUCCCUUCUCAGCCUCUCUGCGUGUCUCUUCCCCAGCACCUUGUCUUUUUCUCCCUUCAGCCCCUAUGUAUGUGUCUUUUGCCCCAUUCCCUAGUCCCUGCCUGUCUAUUUUGGCCCUUCCAAGCCCCUCUGUGUUGGUUUGUUCCCCACAGUCCCUCUUGGCUUGUUUGCUUCCUCCCCAGGAGAGAGUGUCUGUCUCUCCCCCUCCCCCCCUCCCAAGCCCCCUAUGUGCCUGUUUGUCUCCCCCUCCCCCCCCAGUUCCUUUGUGUCUCUUUCGCUCCCCUCUGUGGUUGCUCACAUCCCUCUUGUAGCAUGGCCAAGCUGGGAACCGGGGUAGAGGAGCUCCUGUAACAUCUCCCUCCUCUUCCUGUCAGACCGGGGAGAGGAUACAGUAGCUACUACAAGCCGUGACCAGCAGGAGGAGUGCGCUGUGCUCUGUCCUCCUGCCCGGUCAAACAAAUUCUGUGCCUACCCCCUCAGGCCUGUGCGCCGUAAGGCGGAUGCCUGCACCGCCUUAUGGUAACACCAGCGCUGGGACCCCUCAGGUGGCAAGAAAUCCUUGUGCAUUGGUGGAGGGCUCUCAGCUGAUGUUGGCAGCCAAUGAGCUCGCCCACUGCAGUGCUUUGGUUAGGAGAGCUAUUGGAGGCUGCAUGAAGGAGCUGCAGGUAAGUUGACAAACAAUUUGCACUUUUCUAAUCUAAAUAGUUUGUAAUAAAAUGGCCCAUUUUGCAACCACAAUAACUAACUCUACCACAUUCCACCUCCUUUUUAAAAUGUUAAGAUUAUUGGCCUGUAGCCAAGCAAAAAAGGUUGGAAUAAUUCAUAUAAGCUGCCUUUUUCCUCUAGCACUGUGCCAAUAAAUAGCCCAGCGCACUUCUUGCUAUAUUUCAUACCCAGAGCAAUGGGGCUGUGAGGGUGCAACCCACAUCUUUGGAAUGCUUAUGGCAUGAAAGCAAUUGGUCCCUACAUUCCUUACCAGCCUUCAACUGCCUUAACUAGAUUGUACAAAAUUCUGUGCAAAUGGGAAAUACCAUUAUUUUAGAAUCACAAGAAAGGAAAAUAAGCAUGAGCCAGUGUUUGCUAGGAUUGCUAAACAUUGAGUGCUAUAUGAUAAAUAAGGACAUUGGUAAUUACACAAUAAUUUAAAUAGUAUUCUUGGCCAGUAAAUGUAAGAUAAAUUGCUUUUGUUACUGGCAGAAAGAUUGCAGGCAAACCACAGAAGAGACCAAGACAGUUAUAUUAUGCAAAUUGAUGUAAGAUAAGGGUGAAGUGUCAUAAGCAAAGAAACCAAUAAUAAGCAUUAUUAACUGUUUUAUUUUUAUUAAUAAUGUGUAAUUCCCCCUACUCAUGCUCAGAGUAGCUACUUCAGUCAAAAGGAAUGCAUUAACUAUCCUACCACGAUAUACUCUAGGACUGAGUUGUUGCCGUAACACCUUGUACUAAGUUAUAAUCUUUUACCUAUUGCUGUCUUGAAGAUGUUAACCAGAUACGCACUGUUUUGCACUUAAAGGAGCACUACAGUGUCAGUAAUACAAACCUGUAUUCCUGAUACUAUAGUGUUAAGCUACUUGGGUCUUCUGCCUCCAUUAGGUCGCUCUGAAAAGGUGUUUAAACUCCCCUUUUCUCCCACACCAUGCCUGUCUUGCUGCGGCUGGCACUGCUUUCAUGGCUGACAUCAUCAUACUUGAAUAGUCCAAAUCCCUAAAUAGUGACACUUGGAAGCUAUGGUUAAAGCUAGAAGCAAUUAAUGGGUCCAAAUCCCUCUGUCCUUCUUGACUAUCCUAAUGUCCCUCUUUUCUAGGAGCUCUAUAUUGUUGGUGUGUCUGAGUGUAUUACAGCGCUCCACAGCAAUAAUACUUGCAGCAAUGUCUUUAAACUACAGUAAAUGAGUUUAGAAAUCAGUCUGUGCAAAUAAGAUACAUUGUUCUUGUUGCAAAUUCCCUUUUUUUUUUUUUUUUGCAAAACACUUAAGAAGUCAGCAAAUAAUUCUCAGAACAGUCAUGCCUCUAGUCAUACUCCAAAGUUAAAGGGAUACUUUAGUACCAGGAAUACAAAGCUGUAUUCUAGUUCCCUCUGCCCCCCUCCCCUCGUUCGCGGUGAAUGUGUUAAAAACCUAACCCCGUGUCUGAUGUCCCUCGGUGCUAAGUCGUGGCUCCGCCUCCUCCGACAUUACUUAUGAGGGGACGCUAAUCUGCAUGCGCAACAAGUAGGGCCGGCCCAAGACAUUGUGCUGCCUGAGUCCAAAGAUAAAAUGCUGCCCCACCACCAAAACUACACUCACCAAAACAUGCCCACAUCCAUUAUGUUAAAUUAUUAUGAUUAAAACCCAUUCCAGUAACAUAUUUAGUGCAAUGUACACUAAAUUUGACGUCAAAAUAUAUAUAUAUAUAUAUAUAUAUACACACACACACACACACACACACACACACACACACACACACACACACACACACACACACACACACACACACACACACACACACACACACACACACACACACACACACACACACACACACACACACACACACACACUCUGUGACUCCAGACAAGAACCGUUUGGCCCAUCUAGUCUGCCCAAUUUUCGAAAUACUUUCAUUAGUCCCUGGCCAUAUCUUAUAGCGAGGAUAGUCUUAUGACUGUCACACACACGCUUUAACUCCCUCACUGUGUUAACCUCUACCACUUCAGCUGGAAGGGUACUCCAUGCGUCUAAUUACCCUCUCUGUAAAGUAAAAUCAGGAGUUCCACGAGAUCCCGAUUUAAUUGCCCCAACCAAGAUGAGAAGAUCGCAAGCAAAAAAUCAAAUGCUUGAAUAAACUGGCCAGGUAGUUUGAUCACAGAAGGGUUCACAAAUGAGUCUUGGUGGUGUCUAUUGAAUGUCUAUUAUUAGGGGGCUUCGAAGGUUAUAUAUUUAUAGGUACAUUCCAAAACUCAUUAUAUCCAGAACCUGUACAGAUGGGAUUAUAUCAGAACCAUAUUUUAUGCUUAUGGAAUAUCUUCAUUGGUAUUAAAAUAUUAGCCAAGUAAAAUACACAAUCACUAACCAUAACAUAUCAAAAAGUUAAAUUGUCACGUGGGAUGUAUGCCAUUAGAUAAGGAUGUUUUUCUGUACCAAGUCCAUCUAUAUUAAUUUAUAUGGACAUUGUAUAAUGCAGAGUUGUAUAGGGUUCAAUGCUUCUCUGCAUAAGGCAUAUUGUAAUAUUGGGGGGGGGGGUGUUGGGAUUACGUGUGUGUCUUUGUGUGUGCUGGGGAUGGAGUGCAGUGAGUGUGUAUGUGUGCUGGGGAUGGAGUGUGCAUCUGUUUGUGUGCUGAGGAUGAAGUGUGUCUGUGGGGAUUGGCUUCUUAUGGGCAGCACACGGUGUGUGCACUGCAGCCAAUCAUGACACUUAUCCUUGCUGCAUCUGCACCUGGAGUGGGGUCUGAUCUGUCUUCUAGUGGCUCCAGUUCCGCUCCUUAAGACUCCCCUGCUGCUGGCCUGCUUGUGACUCCUCUUGCCCUGCUAGUCCAGGCUGCCGGCCGCCUGUGCUGCUCUGUAAGUUUUCUGAUAUGGAGGGCAUUCUGACACUGUGGCCUGGUCGAUGGCUUAGCAAGCCCAUGACAACAACCACAGCACUGCCACAAAGUAUUUAAAGUAAAUCACUGAAGUUCCGGCAGCACAGCAAGAGAUGUCAAAGUGCCGGAACUUCAGUGAUUUACUUUGCGGCAGUGCUGUGGUUGUGGUCAUGGGCUGGCUAAGCCAUCGACCAGGCCACAGUGUCAGAAUGCCCUCCAUAUCAGAAAACUGAGAGCCCGGCAACUGCAGCUUAACCUCCCUUUCACGAUGCCCCUGGUUUGUUACAAUUUGGCGCGGCCUCACAGCCCUCCCCAGCGGAGGGGCUAAUCAAAGUGAUGAUUUUUCCCCAACUGGUAAUUAUCCUGGUAGAUUAUUACCGGGUCGGCAAAAUGUCGCCUCUGUCUGAGUACUGCCUAGAGCCAUAGUCCCACCAGGACCUAUGGAUGGGCCGGCCCUGGCCACAAGUGCCGCACGGGCAUUAUGCCGUCCCCAUAAAAAAAGCAUUGAAUCAAAUCUUUCCUAUGGGGAAAUAGCUGACACUGAAAAUCCUCAUCCAGUGAGGACGUCCAGCGUCAGUUACAGACCAAAAAUUCGUUAACAUCCAGGAAGCCCCUCCAGUGACUGUCUGGUAGAUAGCCACUGAAGGCAGACUUAGUGCUGCAAUGUAAACAUUGCAUUUUCUUUGGAACUGCGAUGCUUUACAUUGCAGCACUAAGUGCAAUAGAGACCCUGCACCCAGACCACUUCAAUGAGCGGAAGAGGUCUGGAUAUCUGAUGUGUCACCCUUUGUCCAUUUAAAAUUUUGGAAGGAAUGGAUUAAAUCAUGUAAACACAUAGUAACAUAGACAUUGUAUUUGUUCUCCAUGGACUUUUUGUAGUGACUUAGCUGAUAAGAGUGAUGGAGAGCAACUGCUCACUUAAUCUAUGCCCAUACUUGCUUAACCCCUUCCCUGCCAAACAGUUUUUCUUAUAUACAAUAUUGGCUUUACUUUAACAUGGGAUGCACAACAAACAUAGAAAUGUAAGCUAAUACAGCAUAUUUUUGUAUUUAUAUUACAAAUGUACACAAUAUACAUUUUGAAUUAUUGUUUUGACAUGAUUUAAAAUAUUUUCAAAGUUUAUCACAGAUAUCGCUAAAUAUAUUGUUUAUAGACGUAGGGUUUUUGUAAGGAAUAUGAGGACAAUAGAAUUACAGCUUCCUAAAAUGGCAACAGGUUGUAUAAAUAUCAGUAUUCAGUCUGUUGUUGUUUUGCAUUACUUGGCAAUGGGAAAUGAAAGGAAACCCAUUUUAUAUACAGCUUUGGUAGUGAAAGAUUUGUUGAUCAUACCAGAAGCAUGUUGAAUCCAAAUGCAUGAUCAACCCAUGCUCAUUUGAGUUUAAAGCUUUAAUAUAGAAAUGUCUCUUUAUUUUCCUGAAAUACAUCUAACAGGUAAAGUUUAAAACUUCAGGGAAAUGCAUUUGGUGGUCUACGGUUUGUUCAGACAGCAUGGAGAUUUAAGAAAACAUGUGGAAUAAAUAAGAGAUCCCCAACUGCCGCAUGUUGCUAGAGACUCGACAAUAUGUUUGGCUUGCCUCCACGACAGUGGCUUGUUUAUAUCUGAUAAGCUGUUAUAUAAUCCGAUCACAUUGUGUGGCAGAUGGUAUGCUUUUGAAAAAAUACAUGACUGUAAAUAUUUAUUCAUUGGAAGAAAAAAGGAUAAAUACAUCUUUUGACAUAUCUGUUUUAUGUAAGAGGGGAAGCAGUAUAUUAAAGUAGUUUACUCAGAGAGAAUAAAGAUUUGAACUUCUUGACUAUUAAAAAAACACAGGUACUCCAGAGUAAUCUGUUUGAACAGUAAUGUUUCAUUUAGAUCAAUGAAUUGCAAGCAUGCCUAACCAGUACUUCCACUUAAUCUGAUCUAACGGCAGGGCGCAAUGAUGGUAUGAAAGCGAUUGGCUAACCAUCCUUAGUCCUGUCUGACUAAUGUUAUUGUCUAUAGUUAGGAAAGGUAAUGUGGAAGUUCACUUUCAUAUGAGCACAGUAGGCUUUUGUAGGUUGUAGUGUAGUUGUUUUCUUUUUGUUUUGUUUUUUUAUUAAUCAGGCCGCCCUACCCCAGAAACCUUAUAAUGUGCUGUAGUAGUUAUGGUGCUUAGAGUGCCCCUGUAAGGCUGACAUUUGCUGAAUAAUGUAAAAAUAAACACUAGAUAGAAGGCCAUCGUUGUGACAGUAUGUGCUCAUCUGCAAGUAGAAAAACUAAGACUAGUUUCUAGCCUGGGGGAUGCAAGCAACUCUAACUUGCUUUGUCUCCUCAUUAAAUCUAGACACACUUAGCAAUUAAGAAAGCACUAUGUAGGCAAGUUUAAAAAUAACCAUUCAAAAAGCUGCUUUCAAUUUUUUAUUUUUUUUUUAAAGUCCCUGUUGCAGGAUUUUAGAGUUCUUUUGCACAGCCUAUUUUGCAAUUCCUGUAUUUGGAAUUUAAUUUUUUGUUGCUUUGGCACUCAAAGGGCAUUUAGUGUAAAUGACAGAUGAGCAAUUUGAAAGAGUAGCCAAUAGAUAUACAUGUUGCUAUCCUUAGGAUAAAAUAGGGUUGCAUAUGUAUAUAUCUAUCUCUAUCUCAAAAUAAGGUACCAUUGGAGUUGUGGCAGUCUUAUGCAACGUAUGAUUAUCUACUGUAACAAAACCACAAUUAUUUUUCCUCAAGUUAGGUGUUUUUAAAAAACUAUUAAAUUUUGUGAGUGUUAAAAUGGCUGAAAUUGAAUGAAGUGAGUGUGUUGGUUCUUGUAAUAAAUAUAUAUAUUUUUUAUCUUUUCUCUCAUUCAAAUAUGCUUUUAGUUUAAAUUGUAUUUUCUUGUGUAUUUUCUUUUUAGCCAACUGCAAAACCUAUGAAAGAUGUAUCACACACUGGCCACAUCCACAAGGAGAGACUAGAACUUCUUAAAAAUAUGUGCCAAAAUGGAACCCUUCUUAAUCUUACUCAUUCUGCCAUCUCUAAGUUUGUGUUAGACCGGAUCUUUGUGUCUGACAAUCACAAAAUAUUGUUUUGUCAAACUCCUAAAGUGGGAAACACACAGUGGAAAAAAGUACUGAUGGUAGUAAACGGUAAUUAUUGCUUCUGUUUUGUUUUACUUUUAUUUAAUUAUAUUUUGUAUUAAAUUGUUCAUGUCGAAAGUGAAUUCAUCCCUAGAGUUAAAAUAGCAUUACUGUAUAUUUUGUGUUAUUUGUUAUGUUGAUGUAUUUUUAUACUACUUAAUGCCCAACAUUCAUUUUUAUACUACUUAAUGCCCAACAAUCAUAUCUAUGAUCCCUUUCACCACAGACUGUUGUACUCUAAAACCUUAUCUUUAUUAAUAAUAAUAAAUGAUGUCUGUUUUCCUUUAAGAAUCUUUUUUUGUAUCCAAAUUCUAAUACAAACCACACCUAGAUAAUCUCGGUUUUGCACUUUAUUGACCAAUAAGAGGAUAUUAAAUACAAUAUGAUUGAAUAUAAAACACAAUUUUAAACCCUGAUAGGCAAGAUCAAAAAUUGGAAUUUAAGAGAAUUGUCAAGGGAAGUGUGUUUUUAUUUUAUUUUUUAUUUGAAAGCCACCAGAUAGCAGAUCUAGAGAUAUUUUUGUUCAUGUUCUUUGCCCUUAAAUUUGUAAUUCUUGUAAAUUCUCUCUAGUUCUUAAUUUAGUGAAUAAGGCCUGUUGUUACAGAGGAAUACUGGCUUAUUGUGGAUUUCAACAUGAAGGACAAAAGGCCCAAAAUAGCAGCUGCUCAGAAGACCAUGGCAAAGAUGUUCUGGGCACAUUUUUCUUCAAGGGGCUACAGUCAUCAAGUCUCUUAAAGGACCACUAUAGGCACCCAGACCACUUCAGCUCAAUCAAGUGGUCUGGGUGCCAGGUCCCCCUAGUUUUAACCUUGCAGCUGAAAACAUAGCAGUUUCAGGGAAACUGACAGUCACAAGAGGCUGCUUCCGCGAUUUACACUUAGUAAAUCGUGCUUGUUUGACACAUGAAAAGGACUUGGGAAUUGUUAUAGACAACAAACUAUGCAACAAUGUGCAAUGUCAAUCAGCAGUGGCCAAGGCCAGUAAGGUAUUGUCAUGCAUGAAAAAGGGCAUUCAUUCUCGGGACAAGAAUAUCAUUUUGCCUCUUUAUAAAUCACUGGUAAGACCCCAUAUUGAAUAUGCUGUGCAAUUUUGGGCACCUGUUCUAAAGAAGGAUAUUAUGGCACUAGAAAAAGUGCAGAGGCGGGCUACAAAACUAAUAAAAGGAAUGGAACAUAUCAGCUAUGAAGAAAGGUUAACAAAUUUAAACCUCUUUAGUUUAGAAAAACGUCGCCUGAGAGGGGAUAUGAUAACAUUAUACAAAUAUAUUCGGGGCCAAUACAAACCAUUGUGUGGAAAUCUAUUCACAAACCGGACUUUACAUAGGACACGAGGCCAUGCGUUUAGACUGGAAGAAAGAAGAUUUCGUCUAAGGCAAAGGAAAGGUUUUUUUACUGUAAGAACAAUCAGGAUGUGGAAUUCCUGAAGAAGUGGUUCUAUCAGAGUCCAUACAGAUGUUCAAACGGCUACUAGAUGCAUACUUGCAAGAACAGAAUAUUCAAGGAUAUAAUCUUUCAAUGUAGGGCAAUAACUGCUUGAUCCAAGGAUAAAUCUGACUGCCAUUCUGGGGUCAAGAAGGAAUUUUUUUCCUAGCUUGUUGCAAAAUUGUGCUUCAAACUGGUUUUUUUUGCCUUCUGUUGGAUCAACAGCAAAAAACAAAUGUGAGGUAGGCUGAACUUGAUGGACGCAAGUCUCUUUUCAGCUAUGUAACUAUGAUUUUUUUUUUUUUUGAGUUCCACUGUGAUAUUAGUAUGUUCUUGGUGGCAGCGAUAGGAACAACAGCCUGUUUCUACAGGCCAGAUGAAUUUGGUGCUGGCCCCUUCUAAAAAACAAAAAACAUACAUAGUAGUAAAUUCUCUAAUGAAAACACAGAUCUACCAGGAAUGCUUUUUUCCAUUUCUGGCUAUAAUGUAUGUUUUCCCUUCUGUUGUUUUUGUAUUCUGUUUUUGUCCAAUGGCCCAUCGUAUUGAUUUAUAGGUCCACAUUUCGCUGCUCAGGACUAAAAUAUCUAUUUAAUUUAAUUUACAGAACAUUUCCACGCCUCUGCCGAAAUCUUACUAGCAAAUCCAUACUUAUCUCAACUGUGGACAAUAUGUAUUUAUACACUUGUAAAAGAGGACAUUUUGUAUAUGAUGCUUAAUGUGACUUAAAGACCUAAAGAGACUUUAUUUGUAUUUUUUUUACCAUUAAAUACUGUAGAAAACAAUGUGGGCUUCUUUAUACAGGUGCAUUUCCAUCAAUUGAAGAGAUUCCAGAAAAUGUGGUCCACGACCAUGAGAAAAAUGGCCUUCCAAGGCUCUCUUCAUUCAGUGCACAGGAUAUACAAGAAAGGUAUGAGCUUAAAGGAGUUGUGUCCAUAGUAUCACAUAGGACUGAAAAGGUUUGAAUGACUUUAGCUAAAUCAUGUAAUUGUAAUCUAUGCACAGCUCUUACAUCUUGUCUAGAGCAUGUCGCAAAAUUUAGCAAUUGCUCUUAAGUUGAGUUACAGACCAAGGGAUGUAUAAUUGGACAUACUGAAACAAAAAGCAAUAUAGAACCCUGUAACUUAUCUAUAAAAAAAAAAAAAAAAAGUGCUGCAAAAGUUAGGGCCCUGUGUGCUUUAAUCUAGCUUCUCCAGCACUUUCGUAAAAAAAGUAAAUUACAUAGAUGUUUUUAAUUAAAUGGAUAAUGUAGGUAUGUCAAACAUUUAAUCUUAUUGGUUAUAGUUCGCAGAGUCCCCUGCCUCUAAAGCAGACAUUGUAGCCAUAUCGAUUUUAUACCUGCAAUGGCACAAUUAUAUGCUGGAUUUGGUCAGCUGACAUUCUCAGCCAUUCACCUCCACCCUUUGCUGCCCAGGCUAAUGCUUCCUCAUCAGUCCAAGCUGCACAAAAGGGAUGGGUUGCUGGGAGCUUUCAUUUAGUAUUAAAAACUGAAUAGAUGCUGAAUGCAAGGGGACUGCAAGUGCAAGGGGACUGCAGUGCAAGGGGACUGCAAACACUAUGAACAAUACAAUGAGAUGAAGCAGUUAUGGGGCCUACAGUUACUCCUUUAAAAAAAAAAAAUAGAGGUAACCAAAGAAAAGCUAUUUCAUGUGUGAGCACUCCAGAAGUUGGUGAACUAGUUAGCUGGCAUAAUGGAGAAUAACAGGUAAAUUAAAGUAGAGCAGUGGUAAGUAAUGGUAGGGAAUGAAUGAUGGCAAUAUUUUAUGCUCCAAUAGAUUUUGUUUGAAUACAUGCUUAAGAGGCUAGGGCCUUAUUAUGGCACUUAAGUACAGUUAAGAUAUAAUACUUGUCUUCUAAAAAGAAGGGGUUAAGAUAAGUAAGAUUUACAUUUUUUUUUUUUUUUUUUUUUAACCCAUUAGAUUUCCUAAUGAAUGAAAGUUUUCCAGGUGACUAGUUGGCCACUUUGAUGUAUAUGGUCUGCAAGUGACUGUGUUAGGCCCAUUUUAAAGCUGCCUUGUUAUACCUUGAAGUGUGCAAAUGGAUUAAUUUAUUUUAUUUUAUUUUUUUAAAUUUGACAAUUUUUAUUUUGUUCAACAUAGUGUUCAAUGAGAACUGGGUAAUGGGGGGGGGAUACAGAAGAAAGAAGAAGGGGGGGGGAAGGUAAGCAUCAAUCAAGCAUUUCCAUCCAGCCGUCACACCAAGACGUUACAUAGUUACAUAUUUACCUAUAUGUUUAUUCUUCUAUCCGCUAGUCUAAGUAAUAAUACCUUUGUGGGUUUCUAUUGACCUCGCUGCGCUUUGUCGAGUGUCCGCUAUCCCUUGGCUUGGCCACUCAUCCUGUCUCCCUCCCAGAUGCCCUGUGUCAUAGGGGGGUGUGUGGUAGGCAGUUGUUAUGGCGGGUGCUGUCGUCUCCAGUUCUCCCAUCUCUCCCAAGUAGCUGAUGUUGUCAAAUGGAUUAAUUUUUAAUGUUAUUUAUUGAAUAUUUUUACAUGUAAACCUCACCCUGCACCAGCUACGAAAAACAUUAAAGGGACACUAUAGUCACCAGUGCAACUACAUGUAUUCCUGACCCUAUAGUGUUAAAACCACCAUCUAGCCCCCCUGUGCCCCUCAUGCCUCCAUAAAUAUAGUAAAAAUCUUACUGUAUUCAAGCCAGAAGCUGUAAAUCUGCAUGCUGUUAGACUCAGGAAAAACAAGCAGUCUGCUGACAUGUGAAAGCCUGAUCCAGUCACAGUUCUUCCCCAUAGGAUUGGCUGAGACUGAUAAGGAGGCAGAUCAGGGGCAGAGCCAGCAUGAUUCAAACACAGCCCUGGCCAAUCAGCAUCUCCUCAUAGAGAUUAAUUAAAUCAAUGAAUCUCUAUGAGGAAAGUUCAGUGUCUGCGUGCAGUGGGAGGAGCUACUGAAUCACAUGAUGCUCGUGUACAGCAGAUCUGAGUGUCAGAAGUCACUCUGGUUCACUCUGAGUGACUGCAACUGGAGGUGUUCCUAGCUUUGAAUGUAAACACUCUAUUUUCUCAGAAAAUAGUGUUUACAUGAGAGAGGUUGCAGGGAGCUAUAGUUCUCACCUGAACAACCUCAUUAAGCUGAAGUUGUUCAGGUGACUAUAGUGUCUCUUUAACUAUAGCUCUAUUAUACUUUGCUUGUUUAUAAGGCUAAGAUCGAAAACUGCAGUUUUAGCCUAACUCUGAUUUUCUUAUCUGUAUUGUGGGAAAAAAACGUCCUCCCACCAAGUCUUGAUUUAUUGUGUGAGCUUUGUUAGAUCAUUAUUUUGUGUCUCUAUUCAUUAGUAGCCAAGUUCUAACAAAGCUCAAUACAUUGGCAUUCAGGAUGUUUCCACCUGCAUGAGCUAAAUUUCCCAGCAAACUAUUCUCCUAGUAGCUCUUUGCUGCUCUCCGAAGCUGAACAAGCCUUAUUAUUCGAGCUAGUGUUGAGUUUAUCCCAAACAGCGUUUGAACCCUAGCUAUCAAAACAUGUUGAAUUGCACCUGCUGAACUUCAGAAGGGUGUAGAAUUAUCUUCUGAAUUUGUUAAACACUGUUUAAUGAACACAGAAUAAUAAUUCUUAUAUAUUAUCAUGUAAUGUAUCUUGGACUUGGUUUUAGGGACACUAUGGGCACCAGUACAACUUUAAUGUAUUUGAUCGGUUUUGCCAUGGUUGAUAUACUGUAUUUUUACAUGCUUAAAUCUUUUUAGUUUUUGGAUAAAAAUAAAUGUUUUGCAGAAUACUGCACCAUAAGCCUUUUUUAGCCACACCCACUUCAGAAAAGGGCUUCCUUAUCAAAGUAUGCACAUUUCUCAGCCAUUGACAGUGCUGAAUGAUCUGACCUACAAAGAAAGGAUAUCAUUACCUCUUAGUAUAGUAUCUGUAUCUGCAACCUGGUUAUGAAUUAAAAGCAAUUAUCUGUGCUGUUGGGGGCAUACUUUUGAUAAGGAAGUCUUUCUGACAUGAGGGGAGGUGACUAAAGAGACAUGGGUUUAAACCUUUUAAUAUUUUAACACCUUCAGGUAAACCAAGUUGUUAUGGUGCCCAGAGUGUCUUUAAGCUUAAAUUGGUGUGGUGCUUACAAUAUCCCAGUAAUAUGACACAUUUAUAGGGUUACUCACUGACACCGAAUUCUGUCUGGAUCGACAGAAUUCCCGCCAUGCCAGUAAAUUGUAUGGCUGCAAUGGGGUAGAUAUGUCAAUAGGUCGACCUUUGAAAAUAUGGUUCCAGAGUUUAGCAAUCCUGACCCAUAUUAUAACGUUUGGAUCCAGAUUUCAGCUGUUUGGUCAUUUGGUUUGGACAUUAUUAAAUAAUGAAAAAUCUCUGCAUUUGCAGUCCAAAUGUAACUGGAUGGUUUUGCCAGAUUUAGUACUGUGCCAUUUGGACUUUAGUGAAUAUUCUUGUAAAUGUCUGGCAUGUAUUUGGGUCAUUUCUGGCUAUUGAUUUGCUCUCAUUUCUGUUCCAUGUAAUGAUUAUGUUUUAAUAUUAUUUCUUUGUUUUUAUUCCAGACUUAACUCCUAUUUUAAAUUUUUAAUUGUACGGGAUCCAUUUGAAAGGCUCAUUUCUGCUUUCAAGGAUAAAUUUGUUCAUAACCCUCGCUUUGAGCCCUGGUAUAAGCAUGACAUUGCUCCUAUCAUAAUCCGUAAAUACAGAAAGAACCGUAAGGAAUCCAGAGGAGGCCUGCAGUUUGAAGACUUUAUAAGAUACCUGGGGGACCCAAAUCACAGAUUUCUUGAUCUCCAAUUUGGGGAUCAUAUAAUUCACUGGGUGACAUAUGUAGAACUUUGUGCACCUUGUGAAAUUAAUUUCAAUGUUAUUGGACAUCAUGAAACCCUUGAGGAAGAUGCUCCAUACAUCCUACGAGAGGCUGGUAUUGACCGGUUAGUGUCAUAUCCUACAAUACCACCAGGAAUCACAAGCUACAACAAAUCCAAAGUGGAAUACUAUUUCUCUAGAGUAACAAAAAGAGACAUUAAGCGCCUUUAUGAGAGAUUUAAAGUGGACUUCAAACUUUUUGGGUAUAAAGAACCAAGUUUUCUAUUUUAAUCAUGUCUUAAGAAUACACUGUGCAUUCACAGAAGCUUCUCUGUGGAAUCUUGUUGGAAUUAUGACUCUUAAAUGUUUAUAAUUUGUUUUUCUCUUUUGCUCCUGAAAAAAUUGAUUUGACUUGUUAUGCUUAAGAUUUGGUAACUUUACUGAUUCUUAGUUGCAGAAUUUGCACUAGACCCACUUUUACCCAAUGUAGUUCUUGAUAACAUCAACUUGGGCACCGUUUUGUCUAAUGCCUUUGAAGUAACUAUGGGGAUGGGGUAGAGAUUAAAUGUGAAAUUAGUAUUUUUGUUCCUAUGUUAUAUCUAAAUGUGUUUUUUUUUUUUUAAGUGGUAUGUUUGAAAUAGACAAAUACAACCUCAAAAGGCUAACACUGGAGUUUCAAUAGCAAUAUACUAUGGAUAUUUUGUUGAAUCACCUUGACGUUAUUGGCAUUGUAUCAUGGGAAUGUACUAAUGAUUUUGUUUAUUAUUUUUAAGUAUGCACAAAUGAUCAUUUUAAGGAAUUUUGAAAGUUUUGACUAUUGCUAAGUAGUGAUGUCCCGAACGGUCUCAUCAUUGAGUAAACUUUGACCCUGUACCUCACAGUCAGCAGACACAUUCCAGCCAAUCAGCAGCAGACCCUCCCUCCCAGACUCUCCCACUUCCUGGACAGCAUCCAUUUUGAAGCUGCAUUCUUAGGGGUCAAAGUUUACUCAAUGAUGAGACCGUUCGCGAACCGUUCGGGACAUCACUAUUGCUAAACUUUUUUUUUUUUUUUUUGUCUAUUGCAUGUUUUUUGUUUACUUUUUGAGGAGGGUGGGUUAAACUGUUAACUCCCAGCACUCAUUUUAGUCAUUUAUCAUCCAGUUUUAUAUUGCUUAACGUACUGCUACAAAAAAUGGCGCAUACAGAUGUAUACUAGCAUACCAUGGCUGUUUCACGCUGUAUGUUCGUGAAGGCCACAAAUUUGUUUUACACUAAAAAAUGUUUAUUCCUCUUGUCAAUAUAUUUUGUAUUGCUACUUUUUGCUCUAAUCUCAAAAUCUGAUCAACAUAAAAAUAACAUGUUUUAGGCCAAGAAAGUGACCUCAAACAUGAAGCAUAUUCUAGCUUUGCAACUGAUAUUAAUAUACAAAAUUGAAAAGAUAAUAAUUCAGUUUCUCCUCAAUUCUGUUAACAGGUAUGACACUUUAAUAAUUCCUUUAUAUAUCUUUUGUGUUUACUUUCUUUGUUUUUGUUUUUUAAUUAUCUAGUAAGUUGUUUUGGUUUUUUUUUUUUAUACUUGGAAUGUAAAUUUUUGUGUGAUAAACUACAUUUUGAAAUGCCAUUUUAAUCAAAUUUAUUUUCUUGUUAUGCCUUUUAAUAACGUUUCUCAGUGGAAGAUGUUUUCAUUUGAUGGAGCAUGCAUUUACAUAAUGCAUAUUUUAGAGUGGUGUUAUAUGUUGUGCAUGGAACUUUUGUAUUUACAUUUGAAAUGCUGUUCAUUAUAUACACACACACUACACACACACACACACACACACACACACUCCAUUCAUUAUAUACACACACUGUAAAUAAAUAUUCAAUUAAUGUAA